CAGCAGCAGCAGUUGCAACGCCGGCAACUGCAGCUGAGCUAUGAGGUUCCGCAGGUGUUCUAUUGUUCUAUUGUUCCUGUAGCUCUGCUGCAGUAUCACUCAAGAAACUACACCCAAUGACACGCGUGCGUGCGACGUAGUCACGUAGUGCGAGGCCAUUCUCCUUUCGUCUUAGGACCUCUCUAAUUCAAGCUAUUUCUCGCCGUCGUACAUAAUCCCUGUGCCGUCCGGUAUCGCCUCCCGGUCCCGCUGCUUCCGCUCCCGCUGCUCUAAAGGCGGGUGAAAAGAUGGGGGGAACGGCUGCUGCAGAUGCGGUUGCUGGAUCGGCGGAAGGCCGUAUGCUGGCGAGCGGAUUUCUUCAGCUGAUGAAUGGCAGCAGUGCAGUUUCAGCUCCUCACAUCCACCAUCCUCUUUAUAAGCAGAGAGGGCUUCCGUAGAGGGUGUCUUCGUGCAGAUGGCAACUCUCCCUCCUCCCCCUCCGGCUCCCCCUCGGCGCUGCACUGGGCGCGGAUGGUGUCAGCAGCAUGGCUAGCGGUCCCCACAGGCAUCGCCCUGGCAGCAGCAGCGUGCGCCUUUGUGCUGCGCUACCAGCGCCUCCCCCUCUCCGACCCCUACGCCCAGGCCAUCCUCCUGCACGGGGUGGCCGCAGCAGUGGAGUUGUUCUCCGAGCCGCUCUAUAUCCUGUCACAGGCGCUGUUAUUAGUACGGUUGAGAGCGGUGCUGGACGCUGUUGCGACGGUGGUGCGGUGUGUGGUGACGCUGCUGCUGGUGCUGGGGGGCAUUGGCAGGACAGGAGGGCUCGUGUUCGCCUAUGCGGAGCUCGCAUUCAGCGCCACCCUCGUGGUUGGCUACUGGGGCUACUUCCUCCUGCACCCCUCCGUCAGGGUUCUGAAUGGCUCUCAGGGCGGAGAGGGCGAGAAGGAGGUGGGGCAUGAAGGGGAGAAGCACAAGCAGGGAGAGGAAGGAGAAGCAGAAAAAGAGGGAGAGGGAGAGGUAGGGGGAGGGGGGGAAGGGCUGAGGAGACGAGCGGUUGGAGGGCAAGGAAAGGAUGGGGACGAUAAGGGGGAGCAGAGGAAAGCGGAGGCGAAGGGAAGAGGGGAUGGAAGGAGAGACAGUGACGGCAAAGGACGCAAUGCUGUGAUUCCGUUGCUCCCGUGCAAGGUCCCUGACCACCCGCUGCUGCACUGGCCACUGCUGCGGUUGUGUGGGGCGUUCUCCCUGCAGGCCGUGGUGAAGCAGGUGCUGGGGAAGGGCGACGAGAUGGUGCUUGUGGCGCUGGAAACCGCGUACAACCAGGGGGUCUAUGGACUCGUGGUCAAGCUGGGCAGUCUUGUGGUCCGGUCCGUCCUGCAGCCGUUCGAGGAGAGUGCAUUCAUCAUAUUCGCCCGCACCGCUCCGUCCCUUGCAGCUUCUGCCGGUGCUGGUGGUGGUGGCGGUGAUGCCAAGGCAGGGCGUGAGUCGGUGGCCCGGGUGCUGCUGCUGGCAGUGAAGGCAGUGAAUCUGCUGGGCCUGGUCUUUGUGGCGUUUGGGCCGCCCUUCGCCUUCUCGCUACUCGCGCUGCUCUACGGCCCCGCCUGGACCGCCACUGAGGCGCCGCUCGCCCUCGCCUGCUACUGCCCCUACAUCAUGGCUCUCGCACUCAACGGCACCACGGAGGCCUUUGUGCACGCGGUGCUGAGUGAGCGCCAGCUGGCGCAGUCCAACGGGUGGCUGGUGCUCUUCUCGUUGCUGCACAUGGCGCUCAGCGCGCUGCUCAUCCGUGCGGCCUCGUCCCCGGGACUCAUUCUCGCCAACUGCUUCAACAUGGCAAUGAGAAUCGCAUACUCUGCCACCUUCAUCCAUCAGUACUUCAAGGCGACCCCCAACUUCUCUCUCCUGGGCUCUCUGCCAUCCGUCCCAGUCCUUGCAUCCUUCGCAGCAGCCUCCCUCGUCUCCUUUACCUCCCAGCACCUCCUCCUCUUCCGAGGAACCUACCUCUCCCCCGUCUCCCCACCCUCCCCGCUCUCCCCCGCCUCUCUCGCGCACAUUGCUGUUGGCGCGCUGUGCUUCGUUGGUGUCAUGGGCGCGUUAGAUCGUUCUUUGCUUUGCUCAAGGACAGCCGCCUUCCCUUUCAAAUUCUAUGCUCAAGGACAGCCGCCUUCCCUUUCAAAUUCUAUGCUCAAGGACAGCCGCCUUCCCUUUCAAAUUCUAUGCUCAAGGACAGCCGCCUUCCCUUUCAAAUUCUAUGCUCAAGGACAGCCGCCUUCCCUUUCAAAUUCUAUGCUCAAGGACAGCCGCCUUCCCUUUCAAAUUCUAUGCUCAAGGACAGCCACCUGUCUCAUGCGCCUCUCUAUUCCCGCUUCCUCCCCUUCCCCCCCCCCCCUCCCCAGGUGGCGGUGGGAGAGGCCGUUUUUCGCAGAGCUGAAGGCCACGCUGAGAUCGGCCAAGGAGAGCAAGCAGGAGUGAAGGGAUAGCAUAGCAUCUCAUGGUAGACCUUGUUUGCGUACCGAAGGGUGUUUUUUAUAUUUUUCGAAAACACCCUGCAUGGCAUCUCAUGGUAAACACUCUCUGCGUUUCGAAGCGUGGAGGAAGGAGAGCACUGCUGUUCGAAUGAACGGGACGUGAAGGGGACACGAACAGGACGAAGCUAUAGCAUGACGUGAUGUCUCUAGCCCACAAACCUGCAAUGCUGCAGUCAUGCAGGCGUCAUGGGGUGCUAGGAAGGAAAGGCCUGCCUGUAACCGUCCAAUAAUGGCAUGUUGUUUGCCCGGGGCAUGACCUCUGAGUGCA